AUGUCUCUCGAUGUCCCCAGGUCCCAUUCCCCAUCCCCCACAUUCGCCUCUUCAAACGAAGGCACCACCCUCAACGUUCCCCCGUCCCCCACGUUGUCCACACGUUCCUCCGUCCAGUUCACCACCUCUUUGUCCCUCCGCGAUAAUAAACCCGAGGAUCGCAAUGGCCUUUCCUCUUUGGGCCUCCUUAAUCCCUUAUUCGACACAACACCCACACAUCGCAGAAAGAGCAGCAAUGCCACCUGGGCCAGCUCUGCAGAGGGUCACAGCAGCCUGGACGAAACAGAACCAGAUCACGGCACAGCUGACAUCGCUCUCGCUCAACUCCAUCGCGCAAACCGCCCUGGGAAUGAGCCAACUGAUGAUGACGAAUCCGGCGGUGUCCUCGACAUCGAUCUCGACCAGGAUGCAGAUAUCGAUCCUGGUCCAUUUUCAUUCAAACCUUACGAACUCGCAAGUCUCCUUGAUCCGAAAAAUCUUGAGGCGCUAGAGGCUCUGGGUGGCAUCACAGGCAUACUUAAAGGUCUCGGUACAAACCGUACUCACGGUCUCAGCAAACAAGCAACUGCGAAAAUUUUGGUGUCGAAUGAUGGAGGCGGGGGUAGUCUUUCUGAUGGGCGGCCAGGGGCAGGCGUGGGCGCUUCUCAAAGGCACGACAGACAUAGCACUGAGGCUAAAGAGUUACCUGGGAUAAUAGUGACCGGUCCCGAAGACGAAUUGCCCGAUCCUCACCAUCACGACGAUAUUGCGGAACAUGGACCCGCGUUUCAGGCUUCGUUUGAUGAACGACGACGCGUUUUUGGAGAAAAUAUUUUACCUCAGCGAGCUAGCAAGAGUUUAUUGGCUCUUAUGUGGCUUGCGUUGAAGGACAAGGUCCUGGUGAUACUGUCAUUCGCCGCGAUCGUCUCUCUUGCCUUGGGUCUCUUUCAAGAUUUCGGAACAACUCUGCCUCCCGGCCAACCACCUGUCGAUUGGGUUGAAGGUGUUGCCAUCAUGGUCGCGAUUCUUAUUGUGGUUAUCGUCGGCUCGGUCAAUGACUGGCAGAAAGAGCGCCAAUUCAAGUCCCUAAACGAGAAGAAGGAAGAACGUGGCGUUAAGGUUAUCCGAGACGGUGUCGAACACGAAGUGGUCGUUGGUGAUGUUGCCCUUCUGGAACCCGGUGAAAUUGUCCCCUGUGAUGGCAUCUUCCUGUCUGGGCACAACGUUAAGUGUGACGAGUCGGGGGCUACUGGCGAGUCAGAUGCUAUCAAGAAAAUGUCUUAUGGAGAUUGCUUGGCCCUGAGGAAUACACAACGCAAUGCGCUCAGGGAGCAGGGUGGCGCUGACGGAGGGGAUCAAGGUGGACAUGUGUUCAAGGGUUCCUCUCACACCGAUUGCUUUGUGGUCAGUGGCAGCAAGGUGCUGGAAGGUGUAGGAAGUUACGUGGUAGUAGCUGUCGGAACAAAGAGCUUUAACGGCCGAAUUAUGAUGGCGCUUCGCACGGACACAGAAAACACGCCUUUGCAGCUCAAGUUGAAUGCACUAGCGGAACUGAUUGCGAAGAUCGGUAGUGCUGCGGGCAUUAUCCUAUUCUCGGCACUCAUGAUCCGAUUCUUUGUGCAACUGGGCACGAAUUCUCCUGAGAGGAAUGCCAAUCAGAAAGGCAUGGCUUUUGUGAACAUACUUAUCAUAUCCGUUACGUUGAUUGUUGUUGCCGUUCCUGAAGGCCUUCCACUCGCGGUCACGUUAGCACUGGCAUUCGCGACUAAACGCAUGACCAAGGAGAACCUUCUCGUGCGUGUACUUGGGUCUUGCGAGACCAUGGCCAACGCGUCAGUGAUCUGCACGGACAAAACCGGUACCCUCACGCAAAACGCGAUGACUGUCGUAGCGGGUUCGAUAGGCAUACAUGCCAAGUUUGUUCGAAAGUUGGGUGAAAAUCAAUCUAGAACUAAUGCUAAUGAAGAACGUGGUGGACGUCGCCGAGUGGAAGACGGGUCCUCCAGAAAACACACUGACGAUUUCUCUAUUGAUCAAUCGGAACUACACACGGUACUCUCGCCACAGCUCCGCGAGCUCACAAACGCAGCUAUCUCGGUGAACUCUACUGCAUUCGAAGAUGAAGAUCCUGAAACGGGCGAGCGCGCGUUUGUUGGUAGUAAAACGGAGACGGCACUACUCAACUUUGCCAAGGAACUGGGGUGGCCUGAUUAUAAGAAGACGAGGGACGCGGCGGAUAUUGUGCAGAUGAUACCGUUCACGAGCGAUCGGAAGGCGAUGGGAGUUGUGGUUAGGCUUGGCCAGGGGAGGUAUCGGCUACAUUUGAAAGGUGCUAGUGAGAUUUUGACGAAGAUGUGUUCUCGACACGUCGUCGUGAAGAAGGAUGAAGAGCAGGGUAGGACAGAGGGAAGGGAAGAGGAAAUCGAGACUGCGCCGAUUGACGAGUUGGCAAGCGAGAAUAUUUCGAGGACGACGAUCUUCUACGCCAACCAGACGCUCCGCACUAUCGCGCUGUGCUACAGGGACUUUGACUGUUGGCCUCCAGCCGAAGCACAGUUGGAGGACGAUGAGGUCGCGUAUGAAGAUAUCGCGCAGAAUCUUAUCUUGAUUGGAAUUACAGGUAUCGAAGAUCCGCUUCGUGAUGGUGUUCGGGAAGCUGUGGCCAGUUGUCGCAAGGCUGGAGUUGUCGUCACGAUGUGCACGGGAGACAACGUCCUUACGGCGCGAUCUAUUGCCUCUCAGUGUGGCAUAUAUACUGCAGGUGGUAUCGUGAUGGAGGGUCCUGUCUUUCGACAACUCACUGAACACGAGAUGAUGGAGGUUGUCCCACGACUUCAAGUUCUUGCACGGUCGUCGCCCGAGGAUAAGAAGAUACUUGUGGAGAAGCUAAGAUCGCUGGGCGAGAUUGUCGGUGUCACCGGGGACGGUACUAACGAUGGGCCUGCACUUAAGACGGCGCAUGUUGGGUUCUCCAUGGGUGUCACUGGUACCGAAGUAGCCAAGGAGGCGUCGGACAUUAUCCUCAUGGACGACAACUUUUCUUCCAUCGUCAAGGCAAUCAUGUGGGGUCGUUGUGUCAACGACGCAGUACGCAAGUUUUUACAAUUCCAGAUUUCUACGAACGUCACUGCCGUCGUGAUCACGUUUGUGACUGCCGUUGCCUCCAAUUCAGAAGAAUCCGUUUUGUCUGCCGUUCAACUGCUGUGGAUCAACAUUAUCAUGGACACCUUUGCUGCGCUUGCUCUGGCGACCGACCCCGCGUCUCCCGCUCUUCUGGAUCGCAAACCGGACAAGCAGACUGCGCCACUUUUCACGGUCAACAUGUACAAGCAAAUCAUGUUGCAAUCGACAUAUCAGAUCGCCAUCACUCUCGUGUUUCACUUCCUAGGAUUAAGAAUCCUUGGUUAUGAAAGUGAAUCGGGCAGCACUGAAUAUGACUCUAUUGUCCAAACUGUGGUCUUCAAUACUUUCGUCUUUGCCCAAAUUUUCAACUCUGUCAACUCUAGAAGGUUGGAUAGAAAGCUCAACAUCUUCGAAGGCAUCUCUAGAAACUAUUACUUCGUUGGUAUUACGCUGUUAGAAAUUGCUGUUCAAGUCCUCAUUGUUUUUAUCGGUGGGGCCGCUUUUCAAGUAACUCGUAUUGGUGGCCGCGAAUGGGGAAUAUCACUAGCUCUUGGAUUCGUUUCCAUUCCUCUUGGAGCUCUCAUUCGCAUAUUGCCUAACGGACCAUUCGAAAGGCUGUUCGUGAAAAUGCGACUCUUCCCGAAUUCUAAAGUUCUUCCCACCUCUCGGGCCGAUGUUGAAUGGAACGCUGCAAUCGAACUUGUCCGAGAUAACUUGGCCACUUUUGCUCAUGUCCGCGGUGGGCGUCUGCGGUCCUCUUCGUUUGUUGUCAAGAGUCGAAAUGCUAGAAUUCACGAUCACGCACGUGUUCCUCUUCCUUCGCUGAUGACCAUGGUGCCCACUCUUAUCGCGUCCUCGAUUGGGGCUGGAUGGGCGCCGCAAAUGAAUGGUUCGCUGUCAGACCCUGCAAGAUAUGAUCCAUCAAAGUCUUCUGCCGCACUAUGGGAGGGUAAAUUCCAAAUACACCCGGAUACGAAACCGGAUGAUCCACUAUAUAAAAAAUGGAGCAGGGCGAACAAUAACUCGCCUCCAGUAUAAUCAUUAACGACCGACAUAAUUUAUAGAAGACACGGUUCAUCAUCGAUUCAUCAAGUAUUCUUGCAGCUGGGGUUGACAAGACGGGCCGGUUCGCUGCUAGCAGUGUACUGCUUUGCAUAAUAUUUUAUUCACCUGUAUUCAUCUUCAUCAUUCGACAACCUUCAUGUUCAUGCUUUAACGCGUAAGGCUUCCUACCUAUCAUUCACGCAUACUAAAACACAGCAUCCACAAUUACUUGCAUGGUUUCUCGUUUUCAUCACACACAAUAUCCACGGGACCAUAUGACAAUAGGCAACACACACUAGCUUGAGACGGAAAUUACUGUAUCGUCGUGUCGUAGAUCUAGAAUCUGAACACUCAUUGGUGCAAAUGUGUUCACGUCCCUUAUUAUAGUGUAUCAUUAUUAGUUUUUACUUAUAUAGUCAGAUUCACGCAGAAAAUGAUAAUUUUUGAUGCCAUUAUAAUA